CUUCUACAUAAUUCCCGUUCAAAACGCUUCUUCACGGUCUUCGACACCAGAUUCCUGAUUUCGUCUCUUUCCUCUUCUUCGCUGCUCUUCUCGAACUAGUGACACACUGACAGAAAUCAGAGUUUGGGAGAUAUGGCGGGGAAAGGAGGGAAAGGGCUUGUAGCUGCGAAGACGACAGCGACUAAUAAGGACAAAGACAAGGACAAGAAGAAACCCAUCUCUCGGUCUGCUCGUGCCGGUAUUCAGUUUCCAGUGGGUCGUAUCCACCGGCAGCUGAAGACGAGAGUCUCUGCUCAUGGAAGAGUGGGUGCCACUGCUGCAGUCUACACGGCCUCAAUUCUCGAGUAUCUAACAGCAGAGGUUCUGGAGUUGGCCGGGAAUGCGAGCAAGGAUCUGAAAGUGAAGAGAAUAACACCGAGGCAUUUGCAGCUUGCCAUCAGAGGGGACGAGGAGCUCGACACUCUCAUCAAGGGUACCAUUGCUGGAGGAGGUGUCAUCCCUCACAUCCACAAAUCACUCAUCAACAAAACCACCAAGGACUGAUUAGGUUGUGUGUCUUUUGGUUAACUAGUAGCUAAUCUGGGAUUGGUUUCUUCAUUGAUGUGUUUCUCUUUCAGACCCUCAUCCUCUCAUUAGGUGUACAUUGCUUAAUGUUUUAACUCAUAUGCCUCUGGUUUUCACUUAUGCUGUCUUUUCUUGAAACAGAGUAUGGUAAUUGGGUAAUUGGUGUUGAAGAGAA